AUGGAGGAAAGGGUGAAGAAAGACUUCCUAGAUGUCCACAUUCUGGAGGACGCAGCACCUUCAUUGAUCUGUGUGGGUAACUCUCUGUGUUCCCUCCCUGCAGUCUCUGUGCUGUGUCUGCUGCCUCAGGCGGUCCUGGCCCGCUGGGCUUGUGUUCGGGCCUGUCCAGCCUCCUGCUCCUGCACCCAGGAGAAGAGCUGCAGCGUUCUGUGCGACCGCUCCGCCCUGGCUGAGUUGCCCAAAGAGUUUCCCUGCGAGGCCUCGGCCAUCAACCUGGACAAGAACCGGCUCAAGUUCCUGUCGGAGCGGGCCUUCGGUACGCUGCCCUCCCUCAAGUCCCUGUCUCUGGACCACAACAACAUCUCCUUCAUCACCCCCGGAGCCUUCAAGGGCCUGGCCAACCUGGUGGAGCUGAAGAUGGCGCACAACGAGUACAUCAGCUACCUCCACACGCGAACCUUCACGGGGCUGAAGAAGCUGGUGCGCCUGGAUCUGUCCGACUGCAACCUCUUCAACAUCCCCGACCGCAUCUUCAUCGAGCAGACGGCGCUGAAGGAGCUGCUCUGCUUCCAGAACAACUUCAGGAGGAUCCCGGGAGCCAUCCGAGGCAUGGAGAACCUGACUCACAUCUACCUGGAGAGGAACAAGAUCGAGGCGGUGGCCUACAACUCCCUGCUGGGCCUCGGCAGCCUCAGGUACCUAAACCUGCAGGAGAACCGCAUCAACGUGAUCCAUGACCAGGCCUUCCAGGACCUCGUUCGGUUGGAGAACUUCUACCUCAACGACAACCUGCUGUCCGAUCUGCCCCGGCUCGCCUUCAGAGGCCUCAUCCGCCUCAAGAUGCUCAACCUGGGGGGGAACCAGCUCAUCAACGUGUCCCGGACCUGGUUCAGCGACCUGGUGGAGCUGGAGGUGCUGUACCUGGACCGGAACCAGCUGCUCUACAUCGAGGAGGGCACCUUCGAGAACCUGACCAGCCUGAUCACGCUGCACCUGAACAGCAACAACCUCACCACCCUGCCCUUCCCCGUCUUCCAGCCCAUCUACUUCCUGGGCCGCCUGUACCUCUUCAGGAACCCCUGGGAGUGCGACUGCUCCCUGGAGUGGCUCAAGGAGUGGAUGGAGAGCUACAAGCUGGUCCGGGACAUCCCCUGCGCCUCGCCGUCCUCCGUGUCCGGACUCGACCUGAGCGAAGUGGUCUUCACCAAAGUGAACGGGACCUGCUUGGACCCUGGGGAGCUCAACCUGACCACGGCGUCCUCGGAGAUCGCCUCCACCACCGAGAACCGCUUCAACAGCCUCAUCUCCAAGCUGCUGCAGCAGGAGCUCCGAGAGGAGAUGGGCAACGGGACCGAGAGCCUCCGAAACGGGACCCUGCUGGAGCCCGAGGAGGGCCAGCUCUCUGCUGGAGGUCAGCGGAGCCUCUGGUGCCCUUCGCUUCUCUGGUCCACUGUGGUUGUCUUUGGUCUGUUUGGCCUGCCAGAUGUUCAUUUCUGUCUUUAUAGCACAUGAGCCAACAUGGAGAAAUGAAGGUAAAAUAUGUUUUUAUUCACACAAGGAAGUGUGAAGGAAUAGUCCUCAUUACAUGUGUGGAUAUCUGAGUGAGUCUGCGCUGCCAAAUGUAGGAUUUUGGGAUUUUUUUUGCUGCUGGAAAGUGUGUUAAAGUGAAUAUUUUCAGCUGGCGUUCACAUAGGCUGUUGAUACUCAAUAAUCUAUGCUAUUUGCAGAUGAAAUACUUACAUAAGAGUUCACAAACAGCGGUGCCAUGGCUGUACGGUUGCAGGAUUCAGUCGUUUCUACAAGUACAGUGGCGGGUGUUGAUUUCAAACUGUGAUGAAAAUGUAAAUGUUGCAUAAUGCUCCACUUUAAUUAAUAUUAUGUAAUAUUCAUAGCAUUACAUAGUCUGUUAGGAGUGUAUUUAUUUUUUUGUAUUUUCAUUCACAUCUAUGUGUAAAGUUGAAGGAGAUAAGAGCUCCUGUAGUGAUCUCCUAAACAGAUGUCCUCUCUGCUCGUUUCUGUUCAUUCAGCUCUAAAUGUAGGCUCUGCAGCUUUUCCGUAAAUGCAUUAAUCUUCUUAUUGCAUGCGGCUCAGUGUCGUCGCUGCUCGUGUGUGUUGAUGGAGGGACUCUCUCGUUGCUUUUUGCCUCCUAUGGAUGGACGGUUCCCUCUUAUGGACUCUCUCUAUACUGGGAGUGUGCUGGGUGUGAUGGCCAUAUGUCAGCCUGUGGAUGGGGGAGGGAAGAGUGUCAGAGCUUCUCUUUGGCAUAAGAAAAGCUUUCAGGAACAUUAUAUCGUUAUAUAUAUAUGUAUAUAUGUAUACACAGCCGUGUAAUAUAUAAAUAUUACACGGUUAGGUCGCAAAUUAUCCUUACCCAUGCCAAAGUUUGAUUUAUAUUGAGUUUUUAUUCAACAAAUAGGUUUAUUUUGACUUAAAAUGACACGAAUAGGUGAUAAAAAGCCAUUUUUACAAAAAAAAUACCAUGAAAUUUUAGUUAUUAUUUGCAUUUGACUAGUAACUGACUAGAGAACAGCUGCAUUAUGAGUUUGUAUGAGAAAGUUCCAAAACAAUUUCUGGAUCAAUUUACUGUUAUUUUACAGAUUUUCUCUUGCUUUGUUAAAUUAGAGAUAAAAACCAAUAAAAUCACAGAAGAAAGUAUUAAUUUAGGUAAACCCUAACCCCCCCUCCAAAACCCCCAGCCAUAACCUCAAAUAACAUCAAAAAUCUGUAUUUUUAUGGAUCUUUUGCAGUGUUUUACUGUAUUCAAAGCAGCAAAAGAUAUUAUUAUUAUUUUACAGAAAUUUUCUGUUAUAUGAAUGGUAAAUCAUUUCUGAAAUAUUAUUUUACAGAUAUUGCUUCUUUUAAAAAAAUACAGGUAAUAUCUUGUGAAACUGCAGAAAAAAGUGUUAAUUUACACGUUGAAUGAAGAAAAACAUCCAACUCAAAAAUGUAUCGCUUUAUCGAUUGUAACUUUCUUGUUUUACAAUGUGCCACCAUAGAAUUACACACUUUUACUGUAAUUGAAUCAACUGCAAAUAUUAUUGUUAUGAUUUACUAUUACUAUAUUAAUAUAUUUGACAAUGUUUUACAGUUUUAUAUAUAUAAUUAUGUUGUUUUUAUUUGGUUUACUUUUUCUUACACAACAAGCUCACUUAAGUUCUUUGGCUUUAGCCAUGACUUACAGUUGACCAGCAUUACAAAAAAAAAAAAGUCCAAGAACAUGUAAGAAAUCGCCAGCACCAUGUGGAAAAAAACAUAGCAUUUUUAGUAAAAAUUAAAGAGAAAAAUAUUAAAAUACAUCAUUAAAACCACCUGUUGUUAGUUUUUAUGCCAUUUCUGGACAGAAGAAAUGAAUAAAAUAAAUCAAAAUUUGGCAUUGGUGUGAAUUUUGGACUUCAUAUUAAAUAUAUAUAAUAUAUAUAAUAUAUAUAUCUGACAAAGGAUGUCCCGCUGCUUUUUUUUUUUUUUUUUAACCCUGGUGAAUGUAAGUAGUUUGGUCAGACGGCCAGUUCAUCCAGUCCAGUGGUGUUAUUUGACACAACGCUCUGUCACACGAUCUAUUUUUCUAAAUAAAAAUCAUUCCUGAUGAACUUUUGACGUGCCUGCGCAGUGACUCCUUUCAGCCGAGCGGUUGACCCGGUUCAGCGCCGGUUAAUCUGCCCGUUAAUGUGGGAUUAGACUGAGACUGAGACUGAACGCUGCACCUCAUCGCUCUCAUUUACUGUCCUGCAGCUGACUUUAUUCUGCACCACGGC